AUGAAAAAUUUGGUUGUAGAUGAACGUUCAGAAUUGUUGUUGGCAAAUCAUCGCGACGGUGAGGAUGAUCAUCAAUCGAUGACAAGAAGAAAUCAUUCUCUCCAACACGAACAGAUUAGUACACAACAUGCGAGUUUGAAAGAUAUCAACCAAGACGUACUCUCUGUCAUUUUAAAGUUUUGUUCCGAAACGACAGAUAUUGAAUCAUUAAAGUACUCGUGUAAGAAUUUGUAUUGGUUGAUAUCAGGUGGAUUUGAUUUGCUCCGAGAUGAUUUUCAAGAUUUAGAAAGUGUUAUUUAUGAUCAUGAUCUGAUAGAACGAUUGGAAUCUUUAUAUCUUCCAACGUUGUAUGUGAGAAUAGCUGAAAUAGGAAUUACCAAUUCAGACAUCAAUUUCAAGUACGGAAUAUUGGGACAUUGGAAGUCAAUAUUUAAUGAGUCGUUUAAGCUUAUUUCCAAUAACGAAGCACAAAUAAUAAUUUCAUGGGACAAUUUCAACUCAUUGUUGGAGAAUAUUGAAAAUAGCUGUUUUAAACUCGUUUCAGACAAUGACAGCCAUUCAUCGUUGGACACUUUUCUUACAUAUAAUGAUCCUGUUUUACAAUCUCAACAUGUACCACUAUCUCAUUACAUUCAAAAUUGGAAAAAUAAGUAUCCACUUAUUGUUGACACGAAACAUUGGACGGUGAACGCUUGCCGAUUGUUUAAGAAGUUUAUCCUUCAUGUACAUGUAGCCAAUGGAUCAGCAUUGAAUAGCUCUGUUGUCACGGUUAACAACAAGGAGGAAGGUCAUUGUAUAUAUUCUGCUUUUGUAUUAUCUACACCAGAAGAAAGUAUUGAUCUGAAAAAAGGGAUAGUACAUGAAAAUUUUAAGGCCUUGUACAGAUUUCAAGCUAUCAAAUAUUUAUCGAUCGAGAAGCAAUUUAUUUCCAACAUGAUUCUUUAUGUUAUAAUGAGGCAUAGACUUGUAAACUUGAUGGAGAAAACAAAUUUCUCGUUGAGGAAGACGUAUAGCAAAAAUAUUCUUCGGAAACUUAAACAUUUUUCAAAGACAUGUGACAAUGUCAAGUCUCGACAAGUGUUUUAUAAUUUUCUGUGCAUUCAGGACAAUAUUCUCAGGAGAUAUAAAUACAAUGUGUUGAAUGGAAAGAAUUCAUUACCAAAAAUAGAGAAAUUUGAUAAGGAAGUCAUUCACUUUCUAAAUAUGAUUGCCUUUGACUACAUGAAUACAAAGGAAAGAGAGCAGUUUUUCAAAAUUGCAAUCCAGCAUUGCUACAGAUCAAAACUCUCCAUCUCAAAAGAAUGGCGAGAAUAUUGCUACCAAAAAUUUGAAAAAGAUGUUUGCUAUGAAGAAAUUAAUUGUACACGCAAUGUAUUCGGAUUACAAUACGAAUUCUUAACGUUAGAGUUUGAUCGUACCAUCAGCAAAACAUGCCUGAACAAGCUCACCGUUCCGCUCUAUCCCAGUAAGGAAGUGUCAGCCAUUACUUUCACCAUUUCAAAUGAGACCAAGACUCUGGUUCCAGUAGUGGGAACAGUAGAUCAAUGUUGUACCAAAUGCUGCUCGAAUCCUUCACUUCGAUAUAUUAAUUGCACAUGCUUUGCUUGUUUUUGGUGCUGCACAUGCUGCUGUUGUUACCGACACCAGAAAAUUGAUCAAUAUGACUGGGUUGCCCUGUUUGGCUUUUCCCAUCGAUGGCUUCCUGUGCUAGAUAUUUGGAACUGUUUUGAAAUUUGUUUGGGUAAACCCAUUGAAGAUAUUUACUCUGAUGUAGAGCCAAUUGAGCGUCGGUAA